AUGACAGCGAGACUUCUGAGAGCACCCCUGGCUUUGCUCUUCCUUGGCCUCUUUGGGAUCCUGAAGGCGACGACAAUAUCGUGCAGAAACGAGGAAGGUGAAGCUGUGGAUUGGUUUACAUUUUAUAAGUUGCCUAAAAGGCAAGACAAGGAAAGUAGAGAGACUGGGGUAGAGUACCUAUACCUAGACUCUGCAACCAGAAGCUGGAGAAGGAGCAAGCAACUAAUGAAUACCACCAAGAGUGUUUUGGGAAGGACAUUACAACAGCUAUAUGAAGCACAUGCUUCCGAGGAUAACAACACAGCCUAUCUAAUAUACAAUGAUGGAGUCCCUAAAUUCAUGAAUUACAGCAGAAAGUAUGGACAUACCAAAGUUCCUGAAGAAGGCUAUGAUUAUCCACCCACAGGGAGACGAAAUGGACAAACGGGCAUCUGCAUAACUUUCAAGUACAACCAGUAUGAAGCAAUAGAUUCUCAGCUCUUGGUCUGCAACCCAAACGUUUAUAGCUGUUCCAUCCCAGUAACCUUUCAUCAGGAGCUCGUUCACAUGCCCCGGCUGUGUGCCAGAUCCAGCUCUUCAGAGAUCCCUGUCCGGCAUCUCACCACACUUCAGUCAGCCCAGGGACAAAAAUUCCUCCAUUUUGCAAAGUCUGAUUCUUUUCUUGACGACAUCUUUGCAGCCUGGAUGGCUCAACGGUUGAAGACGCACUUGCUAACAGAAACCUGGCAGCGAAAGAGACAAGAGCUGCCUUCAAACUGCUCCCUUCCUUACCAUGUCUACAAUGUCAAGGCAAUUAAGUUAUCUAGACAAUCUUAUUUCAGCUCUUAUCAGGAUCAUGCCAAAUGGUGUAUUUCCCAAAAGGGCACCAAAAAUCGCUGGACAUGUAUUGGAGACCUAAAUCGGAGCCCACACCAAGCCUUCAGAAGUGGAGGAUUCAUUUGUACUCAGAAUCAGCGUAUUUACCAAGCAUUCCAAGGAUUAGUUUUAUAUUAUGAGAACUGUAACUAA